AUGAUAAAGGAAGGUCCUCCUGGAUGCCUGGGAUUUGCAAAUCCUUCUGGUUGGAUGAAUUCAGACAUUUUUAUAGAAUGGAUAAAAUAUUUUGUGAGGUAUUUAAACUGUUCUCAUGAAUCUCCGGUUUUGUUACUUCUGGACAGCCAUAAAAGUAAUAUUUCUGUUAGAGCUUUGGAUCUUGCAAUUCAAAAUGGAAUUGCAAUGCUAAGUUUUCCUCCCCAUUGUACCCAUAAAUUGCAACCAUUGGAUAGAACUGUUUUUGGACCAUUGAAAAGGUUUUACAAUGCUGCGUGUGAUAAUUGGAUGAUCACAUAUCCAAGACCUAUGACCAUUUAUGAUAUUGUUUCAAUAGUUCGCGAACCAUAUACAAAAGUUUUCUCACCAUCUAAUAUACAGAGAGGAUUUCAGGUAGCUGGCAUUGAGUCAUUUAAUCCAGAAAUUUUUAAAGAUGAUGAAUAUUUACCAUAA